CUGACACAAGAGCCUCUGUACGAGACAGACCCUGGGAUCGAGCAGUACCUGGCGGGCAGGUACCGGACCCUUUCCCCGACUCUGUCACAGGAGGAGGAGUCUAGUAAGACGAUGACGAACAGGACUGGCUCACUUCGUGUUUUCUAGUGACACAGCGACUGGAUCCAUCCGGCGGAAAGACCGCGACCCAGGAAAAGGACUUCGCUUUCACCUCUGCCGGAGGAGCCUUGUGAACAGAAACUUUGUACAGCGUUUAUUCACCCCGCAGGGCUGGCUGGAGAUGAUGGCCAACAGCACAGAACCCGAUGCUGACGAGGACCUAUUUGAAGAUGCCUACGAAAACAUCCCAGUGGCUGCCCAGAUGGACUUGAAGAGUGCCUUGGAGGAAUGCAACAUUGCACUGAGUUUAUUCUUAAAUAACAAAUUCUCUGAAGCUUUGGAUUUACUGCGGCCUUGGUCCAAAGACAGCAUGUACCAUGCCCUGGGUUACAGCACUAUGCAUGCAAUGCAGGCAGCCAUGACUUUUGAGCAACAAGAUAUCCUUGCAGCCAUUGGAACAAUGAAGGAUGCAUUACAAACUUGCCAGAGGUUUCGAAAGAAGAAUUCUGUUGUGGAGUCAUUGUCGCAUUUAGUUUCAAAACAAGGGUCUGAUCAACUGACAGAAGAGGAGAUGCAUGCAGAGAUGUGCUAUGCAGAAUGCCUGCUUCAGAAGGCAGCUUUGACACUAGUCCAGGAUGAAAAUAUGAUUAAUUUUAUUAAAGGAGGAAUCAAAAUACGAACAAGUUACAACAUCUACAGAGAAUGUCAACAAAUCGUCCAGAUGACACAGGACCGUGUCAAAACUGAUGUCUACUGCCAAUUUGAAGGAGGUGUCAAGCUAGGAAUUGGAGCUUUUAAUCUGAUGCUGUCGCUGCUACCUUUGAGAAUUCUUCGUCUUCUUGAAUUUAUUGGAUUUUCAGGAAAUCGGGAUCUAGGGUUAUCCAUGCUGCGUGAAGGUGCCACCACUCAUAGCUUGAGAGCUGUACUGUGCGCCUUGACUCUAUUGAUGUAUCAGACUUACAUCACUAUUGUCCUUGGUGCAGGUGAAGGCAACCUCCAGGAAGCUGAAGCACUACUUCAACCUUACCUCGAAAAAUAUCCUACUGGCUCCAUUAUAUUGUUUUAUUCGGCAAGAAUACAAGUACUCAGGGGAAAUUUUGAAAUAGCUCAGACAAAAUUCAAGGAAUGCAUUGCAGCUCAGGAAGAGUGGAGGCAGAUUCAUCAUCUAUGUUACUGGGAGCUGAUGUGGACUCACUGCUUUCAACAGCAGUGGCUGAAGGCAUUUCACUUCGCAGAUCUCCUCUGCAAAGAAAGUCGGUGGUCUCAGGCUAUUUACAUGUUUCAGAAAGCUGCAAUUCUCAGCAUGCUCCCUGAGCAAGACAUUCAAAAGACUGGUGAGAAAAUGGAAGAGCUAUUCAGAAAAGUUGAAGGUCUGAAGCAGCGAAUUGCUGGAAAGUCUAUACCCACAGAGAAGUUUGCAGUAAGAAAAGCCAGGCGCUACAUGUCACCAAACCCUGUGAAACUGGCUGUACCUUUGCUGGAAAUGAUGUACGUGUGGAAUGGAUUUGCAAUACUGGGCAAACGAGCAGACUUGACUGAGAACAUGCUGGUUACAAUUGAAAAGGAAGAACUAGAGUUACAAAAUCACCCCAAGCCUGUUGAAUAUCAAGCAGAUGAUGAGAGUCUUGUACAGCUCCUGAAAGGGCUAUGUCUGAAGCAUUUGGACCGUCUCUUACAAGCUGAACUCUGCUUUAAUCAGGUGAUUCAAAGUGAGAAGAGGAUAAGAUAUGACCAUUAUUUGGUGCCAUUUACUCUUUAUGAAAUGGGAUUGUUAUACAAACAGCAAGGACACAAUGAUAAAGCCAGAAUGUACUUUGAAACUGCAAAGAAUAACUACAAAGAUUAUUCAAUGGAAUCUAGGUUACAUUUUAGGAUCCAUGCUGCCCUGAACAGCUUGAAGAACUCCCCUACCUCAACACCUUGACCUGUUCCUCAGAAUCAAGUUCCUGAAAUACUUCCAGAUCUGCUGGGUUUUGUCUGCAUUUUCCAUUUGUAUUUGAGCCAUAAUUUGAUUGGGCCCAAUGAAAACUGCCAUUAAAUCUUUCCUUAGCUGGGUAGGAUGUCUGUCAGCAUGCUGGAAAUCUGGCUAACCAGUCAGAGAACUUCUGUGGAAUGCCUAACAAUUGCUUAGGGAAGGCCUGAUGGAAUUGAGGGCACUUUGGACCCUUAAGUGCCCACAGUAAAACCCACCCAAUCUGUGGCAAUGGAUUCACUUAGAGUUGCUGGCCAGUCAGACACUGAUAACUUCUCAUUGAUGUCAGCAGCAGCUGUGACUGCUGGCUGCAAUGCACCCGUCAGUGACCCAGCAUUGAGAAGCUGCCCAGGCUGAAUAGGAGGUGAUAGUGAAGUGUGUUUUGCAGGGUGGGCAGGGGUGGCACAGUGGCUCAAUGGUUAGCUCUGUUGCCUCAAAGCACCAGGGACUUGGGUUUGAUUCCACCCUCGGCCAACUGCUUGUGUGGAGUUUGCACGUUCUCCCCACGUUUGCAUGGGUUUCCUCUGUGUGCUCCAGUUUCCUCCCACAGUCCAAAGUGCACAGUUAGAUGGAUUGGCCAUGUGGAAUUGCUUAUAGUGUCCAGGGAUGUGCAGGCUAGGUUGAUUAGCCAUGGGAAAUGCAUGAUUGCAGGGAUAGAGUAGGUCUGGGUGGGGUGCUCUUUAGUGGGUUGGUGUAGACCAGAUGGGCUGAAUGGCCUGCUUCCACACUGUAGGGAUUCUAUGGAUUGUAUUCUGUCACAGACAAGGUGAAAGGCUGGGGGAAGGUGGCUUUUGCUGGCCUUCUCCAUUUCCAAUGCCAGAUCCCUUGAACAGUCGGAGAUUGACUAAGUGUGAGGGACCCUGCCAUGGGAGAUCACUGGCAAAGCCAGGAACGUUUGGUGGGCAGCCUUCUGAAGGCACAGGAAAACAGUGUGGACUCCAUUUAAUCUAAGCCACUACUAAAGUGUAAUGGGUUCGUGACUAAUAAGCGCCAGUUCCUUUAUUAAUGUAUCAAAUUAAUACUCUACUGCUGUUGGCAAGGAGUGCUGCAUUAGCCCCUCCCACCCUCCAACUUAAUGGGGGAGAUUUUCCUGCUACUGAGAAGCUAACACAGGGCUUCUCUUGUGAAUAGAUGUGGCCCACAUCAUAAUUCCCCACUGCUCUCACCAGAAAAACUAAAUGGUGUUGGGUAACUUGAAACAUUUCCCUGAGGCACUGUUUUAGUUAAAGCCUUUGACAGGUAAUUUCCCUGUUUUGCAAAGGAUGUUUUUAAUGCAAGACUUCUGGAUGACAGACUCAUUCAAUACAGAAUGAGAAGUUUUGAAUUGAUAAAAACUCAUGUUAAUUGUUAACUGCAUUCCUCUUCACAAUAAAAUACAUGUUUCAUGUUGAUGGCCUUUCUUGAGAACGAGUAGAUUAUAGCAAUGAACAAAUUUUAAACUGGUACAGGGCCAGGGAACAGGUGUCCUGGGAAAGAACAGAAGCAAGAGACCUAUUAUGGUGAGGGUGGCAAAAGGAAUGAUGUAGGACAAAAGGAUCUGAUAAGGGAUACAUAUGAGGAUAGAAGAUAAGUCAAGUACAAAACUUCACUUUUCUUAACUGACUCAAGAUGAUCAUUGGGGACCACAAUAUAAUACAAAAUAUUUAAAUGUUUAUAUUCGGGAGAUAUUAGUGGAAUUCAUGAUUUAUUUUCCAAUAAAUCAAUUGCAGUUUAAAAAAUGGCAUUAUUAGCUCGUCACCCUACUUUUGGUUAGACCAUUUAUUCAGACUAUCCCUUUCUUUAUGAAUGGUAGCUGGCUAUCAUUCAAGUCCAGUCCUAAUUUUCUGUAUUUGUAGGACUUUAAUUAAUAUUAUUAUGAGGAAACUGAUUUUUGUGUGGUACUUAUUUGAAAUUAAGGAAUUCUUACAUUUUCUCCACAGCUUUUUCCCUUACAGCGCAUUAUUUAUUUGGUUACUUAUCUUCACAAAAGCACUAGAGCUGUGCAAAAUAGUACAGUCAAGGCGUUUCUAAAACAAUUGUAUGUUGCUCUGAUUUGAUGGAAAGGUGUCAAAUGAAUUGGCAUGUGAGUCCCCCCCUUAAGAACUCAACCAUGACCAUUCAUUCAAGGUGUCAGGCCCCCUAAACGAUAGCACCGCAAGAGAAUUCUAUCGUGAUAAUAGAAAACUGUACUCCAUUCAGUCAAUGCUGGAAAUGCUGCUAUUAAGAAAAGAUUAAUCCAUAAUGAUGGUGGUUGCUUUAAUUACCAGAGCAUUUUCUUGGAAAUAUUUUUGUAUAUUUUAUGUUGGGUCAAAUCUUAACUGUAAUUGUACUUGUGAUUUUGUGAUUCUGAAUGAUAUAUGAUGUCAAAAUUCAUUACCUGCUUUCUGAAUGUCAACAGAAGUCAAAGUACCUUUUGACGAUAAACUACAACAUUGCAUGAAUCUUGAUGUUUUAAUACAGAAAUGCAGGGAAUGCAUUUUGAAGUUGCAGUUAUAUAUUAUUUAUUUUGUCCAAUUGGCAUAUGUUUUCUUAUAAUAGUUCUAAAAUAGAAGACCGUUGGGCACAAUUAUAUGGGAACUAUAUUUUGGGAAAUACACAUAUCAAUUCUAUAUAUUUUUAUGUUGAUCAUAAUGUAUGUUCAUUGCCUAUUCUGUGGUAUGUGUUGCUUCAUUUUAUGAUCAGUAACUAUAAUGACAGGUAAUAUUGAUGAAGAGUACUCAUCCUAGAUGCAGCGUAUGUUUUUUAAAGAGCAGGUUGAAAUUUUCCCAUUUUAUUCAGUAUGUACAUUACUUGAUGCAUUGUGUUCUUAUUAUUUGUUGGAAUGUUGUACUGUAAUUUGUCUGCUUUGCAGGUACAUUUGUUUAUUCCUUAAAACUAUUAAUUAAGUCAAAACAUAAAAUAAUAGUUUGUUCCAAUUUUAA